AUGUUAAACAUUAACCAUGAACCCGUCAGGUUCGGGGGGCCAGCCAUCAACCUUGCCCGCCUGCGCGGGAGUGUGCAGGACUUGGAAGCGAAAUUCGAGGCUGCGGCGAACCUGAUUGCCAAAGGCACGCCCACCAAGGGUUCCGCCAGCACAGAUGACAAGCUGAAGCUCUACGGCUUGUACAAGCAGGCUGAGCCCAUGGGCAAUGCCGUGGGUUUUGGGAAUGUGGAAUCCUUGGGCAAUGUCGCCGUGGAGAGGGAAAACUUUUGCCAGCGAAUGGGCAAUUCCCUGUGCGGAGUUUGCUUUGGGAUUUUGCUCUUCCUGGGAUCCAUCUUCCUACUGGGCUGGAAUGAGUUCAACUAUGUCCGCAACCAGGCCAUCUUGCUGAAGGUGGACAAGGAAGUGAUUGAAGCUGGAUGCGUCCCCAGUGCUUCCAAUGUUGGGAAACCCAUUUGGGCCUCAUGCGUUGUCCAACGUGGCUAUGACUUCACUACAGACCCUCAGGUGCAGAGCAUGGGCUUGUCAUUCUCAGGGGAAGUCCGGGGCGCCUGGUUCAAGGCGGACUCUACCAUCCUGCAGUGGACCGAGGACAAGAGUUGCAGCAGUCAUUCAACUGGAGGAGGCGGCAGGGAGAAGGACUGCACCUAUGACUACAACUUGGAGUGGGUCUCAUCUCCUCAGUCUUCCUCCAAUUUCUAUUGUUACCCCAGUUGGAGACCCGGCUGCCAGAGGAGUGGCUCGCAGAUUCAGAACUCUGGAACCAUUCCAACUUCGCUUCAACAGACCUUGAACGCUCCAGAUGGCACAGUGGGAAUGGGUUCAUCCACAGACUCCCUCUACUUUCUGGACAACAAGGAGAUGGGUGUCUUUCCAUCGGUGCCAGUGACCAUUCCUUCAGGCCAGAGGACCAGUUUGCUGCCCAACAAGCAGCUGGUGCAGGUGGACGCCACUUCGGUGCAGUUCAGUUCGGUCCCAGGACAGAACUCCAUUGGCGACGUCCGGACCACCUUCACCCAGUCCCAGAUGAGACCCUGGGACACCCAGUUGCCUGGUACCAUGUCCUUGGUAGAUUGGGCCUCAAUGGGUGGCUUAUCCAAAUCGGACAUGAUCAACGAGAAGCAAAGUGAGAAUGGUGCUAUGGUCAUUGCUUUGCGCUUCGUAGGCUUCAUCUUGAUGUGGUUGGGCCUCCAACUUGUCACAGGGCCCAUUGCACUGAUGCCACAGAUCGUUCCUUGUUGCGGCGAGAUGAUCGGAGAGAUGGUUGGAUGUGCUUUGUGUUGCAUGAACUGCUUGAUUUCAUUGGCCCUCUCAUUGACUGUCAUUGGUGUUGCUUGGUUGAUGGCCAGGCCCAUCCUUGGCAUUGGGCUGUUGCUGGUUGCAGCUGCAGCCGUUUGUGGUGCCGGGGUGCUACGCAACAAGUUCCGCAAGAACGCCCGAGAGCCUAGCAUGUCGCAGCCCUUCAUGGCACCGCAGAUCAACAUGGCACCAGCACCUCAGCAGCACGUGCAGGUGGUGUGUCCUCAAAAUGCCGUGCCUGGACAAAUGCUCAUGGUGCAAUGCCCAGAUGGACUUCAACGACAAGUUCAGGCCAAAGAAGGCGACAACACCACAUCUCAGCCAUGGUCCGUCCAGUGGGAAACCAAAGCCAAAUGGGAGGCAUGGGAGAAGUGCAAAGGAAAGUCGAAGGAAACGGCCAUGACUGAGUACAUUGCCGAAGUCGAAGCGCAAACGGAGAAGUUCGGCAUUACGCCCAACUGUUUCAUCAGAUGGAUGGAAGCUGCGAUCUGCGUGAGGGCCCCGGCCUGCGGCCCUGCCACCCAGGCACUGGGGCAGGAUUUGCACUGGAAUCUAGACUUGGAAGCGAAAUUCGAGGCUGCGGCGAACCUGAUUGCCAAAGGCACGCCCACCAAGGGUUCCGCCAGCACAGAUGACAAGCUGAAGCUCUACGGCUUGUACAAGCAGGCUGAGCCCAUGGGCAAUGCCGUGGGUUUUGGGAAUGUGGAAUCCUUGGGCAAUGUCGCCGUGGAGAGGGCCAUCUUGCUGAAGGUGGACAAGGAAGUGAUUGAAGCUGGAUGCGUCCCCAGUGCUUCCAAUGUUGGGAAACCCAUUUGGGCCUCAUGCGUUGUCCAACGUGGCUAUGACUUCACUACAGACCCUCAGGUGCAGAGCAUGGGCUUGUCAUUCUCAGGGGAAGUCCGGGGCGCCUGGUUCAAGGCGGACUCUACCAUCCUGCAGUGGACCGAGGACAAGAGUUGCAGCAGUCAUUCAACUGGAGGAGGCGGCAGGGAGAAGGACUGCACCUAUGACUACAACUUGGAGUGGGUCUCAUCUCCUCAGUCUUCCUCCAAUUUCUAUUGUUACCCCAGUUGGAGACCCGGCUGCCAGAGGAGUGGCUCGCAGAUUCAGAACUCUGGAACCAUUCCAAUUUCGCUUCAACAGACCUUGAACGCUCCAGAUGGCACAGUGGGAAUGGGUUCAUCCACAGACUCCCUCUACUUUCUGGACAACAAGGAGAUGGGUGUCUUUCCAUCGGUGCCAGUGACCGUUCCUUCAGGCCAGAGGACCAGUUUGCUGCCCAACAAGCAGCUGGUGCAGGUGGACGCCACUUCGGUGCAGUUCAGUUCGGUCCCAGGACAGAACUCCAUUGGCGACGUCCGGACCACCUUCACCCAGUCCCAGGUCCAGUUUGGCCUGACGCAGGUAGCCAUCAUCGCCAAGCAGGCUGCCAUGUCAACCAGCAAUGCUCAGAUGAGACCCUGGGACACCCAGUUGCCUGGUACCAUGUCCUUGGUAGAUUGGGCCUCAAUGGGUGGCUUAUCCAAAUCGGACAUGAUCAACGAGAAGCAAAGUGAGAAUGGUGCUAUGGUCAUUGCUUUGCGGUUCGUAGGCUUCAUCUUGAUGUGGUUGGGCCUCCAACUUGUCACAGGGCCCAUUGCACUGAUGCCACAGAUCGUUCCUUGUUGCGGCGAGAUGAUCGGAGAGAUGGUUGGAUGUGCUUUGUGUUGCAUGAACUGCUUGAUUUCGUUGGCCCUCUCAUUGACUGUCAUUGGUGUUGCUUGGUUGAUGGCCAGGCCCAUCCUUGGCAUUGGGCUGUUGCUGGUUGCAGCUGCAGCCGUUUGUGGUGCCGGGGUGCUACGCAACAAGUUCCGCAAGAACGCCCGAGAGCCUAGCAUGUCGCAGCCCUUCAUGGCACCGCAGAUCAACAUGGCACCAGCACCUCAGCAGCACGUGCAGGUGGUGUGUCCUCAAAAUGCCGUGCCUGGACAAAUGCUCAUGGUGCAAUGCCCAGAUGGACUUCAACGACAAGUUCAGGCCAAAGAAGGCGACAACACCACAUCUCAGCCAUGGUCCGUCCAGUGGGAAACCAAAGCCAAAUGGGAGGCAUGGGAGAAGUGCAAAGGAAAGUCGAAGGAAACGGCCAUGACUGAGUACAUUGCCGAAGUCGAAGCGCAAACGGAGAAGUUCGGCAUUACGCCCAACUGUUUCAUCAGAUGGAUGGAAGCUGCGAUCUGCGUGAGGGCCCCGGCCUGCGGCCCUGCCACCCAGGCACUGGGGCAGGAUUUGCACUGGAAUCUAGACUUGGAAGCGAAAUUCGAGGCUGCGGCGAACCUGAUUGCCAAAGGCACGCCCACCAAGGGUUCCGCCAGCACAGAUGACAAGCUGAAGCUCUACGGCUUGUACAAGCAGGCUGAGCCCAUGGGCAAUGCCGUGGGUUUUGGGAAUGUGGAAUCCUUGGGCAAUGUCGCCGUGGAGAGGGCCAUCUUGCUGAAGGUGGACAAGGAAGUGAUUGAAGCUGGAUGCGUCCCCAGUGCUUCCAAUGUUGGGAAACCCAUUUGGGCCUCAUGCGUUGUCCAACGUGGCUAUGACUUCACUACAGACCCUCAGGUGCAGAGCAUGGGCUUGUCAUUCUCAGGGGAAGUCCGGGGCGCCUGGUUCAAGGCGGACUCUACCAUCCUGCAGUGGACCGAGGACAAGAGUUGCAGCAGUCAGCGGCUGCCAGAGGAGUGGCUCGCAGAUUCAGAACUCUGGAACCAUUCCAACUUCGCUUCAACAGACCUUGAACGCUCCAGAUGGCACAGUGGGAAUGGGUUCAUCCACAGACUCCCUCUACUUUCUGGACAACAAGGAGAUGGGUGUCUUUCCAUCGGUGCCAGUGACCAUUCCUUCAGGCCAGAGGACCAGUUUGCUGCCCAACAAGCAGCUGGUGCAGGUGGACGCCACUUCGGACAGAACUCCAUUGGCGACGUCCGGACCACCUUCACCCAGUCCCAGGUCCAGUUUGGCCUGACGCAGGUAGCCAUCAUCGCCAACAAUGCUCAGAUGAGACCCUGGGACACCCAGUUGCCUGGUACCAUGUCCUUGGUAGAUUGGGCCUCAAUGGGUGGCUUAUCCAAAUCGGACAUGAUCAACGAGAAGCAAAGUGAGAAUGGUGCUAUGGUCAUUGCUUUGCGGUUCGUAGGCUUCAUCUUGAUGUGGUUGGGCCUCCAACUUGUCACAGGGCCCAUUGCACUGAUGCCACAGAUCGUUCCUUGUUGCGGCGAGAUGAUCGGAGAGAUGGUUGGAUGUGCUUUGUGUUGCAUGAACUGCUUGAUUUCGUUGGCCCUCUCAUUGACUGUCAUUGGUGUUGCUUGGUUGAUGGCCAGGCCCAUCCUUGGCAUUGGGCUGUUGCUGGUUGCAGCUGCAGCCGUUUGUGGUGCCGGGGUGCUACGCAACAAGUUCCGCAAGAACGCCCGAGAGCCUAGCAUGUCGCAGCCCUUCAUGGCACCGCAGAUCAACAUGGCACCAGCACCUCAGCAGCACGUGCAGGUGGUGUGUCCUCAAAAUGCCGUGCCUGGACAAAUGCUCAUGGUGCAAUGCCCAGAUGGACUUCAACGACAAGUUCAGGUACCACAAGGGGUGUUUCCUGGACAGACCUUCCAA